UUGUCAUUUUAUGUGUCAUCUUCGUUAUUUAGGAGUAAAUUAGAAUGUAGAUAUCACCCAUAUUCUAUGCUAAUUGAAGAUGCACAUGCAGGUGACAUGGUGUGUUCUACAUGCGGUCUGGUUGUCGCAGAGCGAGCUAUUGACGUAGGGUCUGAAUGGCGUACUUUUGCCAAUGAUGCCAACGCCAAAGACAUGUCACGUGUCGGUGCCGCCGAAAAUCCUCUCUUCAGUGGCAGUGACCUUUCUACAAUGAUUGGUUCUACCUCAUACAACGAUGCAAGACAGUUAGAUGACCAGGGCCGACCAUUAUAUCGUAAUCGACGCAAUGUUUCUGGUUCUGAUCGUGCACUUAUCACUGCUUUUAAGGAAAUUGGUCAAAUGGCAGAGCGGCUCAACCUCCCAAAGAGUAUUUCUGAUCAUGCCAACAUGCUGUUCAAGCAAGUUCAUGAGGCUAAAACACUGAGAGGUCGCAGUAACGAAGCCGUCUGCACUGCUUGUCUUUAUAUGGCUUGUCGACAAGAAGGUGUUCCGAGAACGUUUAAAGAGGUCUGUGCCGUUACACGAGUUUCAAAGAAGGAUGUCGGAAAAGUGUUUAAGAAGAUUGUGAAGGGAAUGGAGACUGAUAUUGCUUCUGUAUCUGUUGAGGAUUUUAUGACACGUUUCUGUGCCAAUCUCAAUCUGGACAUUGCUGUUCAACAGUUGGCUAACACAGUGGCCAGACGAGCACUUAAUCUCAACUUGGUAUCCGGUAGAAGCCCUGUAUCUGUAGCAGCCGCUGCUAUCUAUAUGGCCGCUUUGGCUUUGGGCUGUCGAAAGGAAAAGAGAGAGAUCGGUGACGUAGCAGGAUGUGCUGAGGCGACAAUCACAUGUACCUACCGUGCAAUGCUACCAAAAGCAGUCGAGCUCUUCCCGGAUGAUGUGCGCCUGACAGUUCGUCCGGAGAAGUUCCCUCCAUAA